AUGUACAUGCACUGUUUCUGCUCAUAUAUUGGACUGACUGCCUGUUGUUCAAGUUCAAGUUGCACGAUGAUUGUUCUGUGGUUGAUGUUAACUUCACUGUCCCUUGGAUCAGGAGUGGAGAUCACCCUCACACAAGACAGCACCCUCUGUCCAACAGUUGUUGCCGCAGGUGGGGGUGGGCCCUGCUCCACUCUGAAUGACCAAAUCUCGUCAACUAAACUAAUUCCGGACAAUUCUAUCAUCAGUUUUACGCCAGGCACUCACAAGUUUUUCAAUACCACUGGAAUAAAUGCUUUUAUCAUUGAAGACGUGUACAAUAUCACUCUCGCCGGAAUUGGUGGGUUUUGCGAAAUUGUGUGUGAGGACCGAAUGAUUUUCACAUUUUUGAAUGUAACUAACUUAACUAUUUCAAACUUGAGUUUUGUGAACUGUGGUGGGCCGAUUCCACGUGACAUUGUACGAACUUUACAAGCUUCCGAAUCCUUUUUCUCUGUAACUAACUUCCACUACAUAACACUGUUUCUAAAUGACAUUGAAAACCUCCAAUUACUGAGUGUGAAUGUGACCAAUAGUUUUGGAUAUGGACUCUUAGGUCGCAAUAUAAUGGGGAACUCGAUCGUAUCUCAUUCUGAAUUCCGAUUCAAUAAUUUCAAUUUCCAGAAGAAGGGAUGCUCCAUUCCCGAGUCGUAUGAUCAACCCACAUGUGCCGGUGGAGGGUUCGCUAUAGGGUACACUGACACACCCACUUGUGAGGUUGCUAGGGAUAUGCAAACGUUGGACAUUGUCUAUUCGUCUUUUGAAUACAACGUCAAUCUUGGCUCGAGUGUGGGAUCUGGCUUAACUGUAGCGCUGGCUCAGAGUAACUAUGGUGUCAAAGUACACCUGGACAAUGUAAGAGCUACAAAGAAUCAGUGCACUCGUGGCGCAAAUAUUGCUCUGUUUCAAUACGGUUUUACUGAUAAUUCAUCUUUCACAAUCUCUAAUAGCAUCAGUGAGUUUGGAAAUUCAAAUGGUUUGUUUGUUUCGCACAAGCCUUUUCUCAUAUCAAGCAUGCCAUCUUACAGUGGUGGUGGUUUGUGGUACUCAUACGGAUAUACUGUGUCACCAGGCGCCCGACUUUGUUCUCAACAAUUGCUCAGAUCCUUCAAAGGAGGAGAUCUCCUCUCAGUCUAUAACACAAGUUUCAUUGGAAACAAGGCCACUAUUGGUGCUGGCGCCUACGUUUGGGUGUUCCCUCAUAUACAAGAACAGGGAGGUUUUGAAUCAAACAUUCGAUUUGAAAAUUGCUACUUCGGGGAUAAUAUCGGAAGUUCCGGUUCAGCACUGUAUGUAAAUACGCUCGAGUCAAUUAGAGAAAACUUUCAAGUGUAUUUCUAUUUAGACGAUUGUACAUUUCAGAGGAACAACUUUUCUACCAGUUACGAUGCAUUUAACCAAGACGCUGAUUUCGAUAUUUUUAACACUGUCUACUUCAAUUCCAUCCGAUUUGUUUCGUUGAGCAGCUGCUGGUUUAGUGAAAACUACGGUACGGCAUUAUUUGCUUACAACACACGAAUGAGAUUUCAUGGCAACUCAACAUUUGAUCGUAACCGAGGAAAUGGAGGAGGAGGCAUGGCCAUCCACGGCAGUUCAAUCAUGAUUAUGCAUACCAACUCAAGUAUUGCAUUCACGAACAAUGUGGCAAAAAGAGGGGGUGCAAUUUUCGUCUCUCAUUUCAAUUAUUUCUCUAGUGCUCUCCUCUGCUUUUGGCAGAUCGACCCCGAGGGCAGGUUGGAUGACAGAUCAGAUAAGGUCUCUAAUCUCACUGAUUUUUUGGAUAUUCAUUUGAUAUUUUCCGGGAAUGAAGCUCAUACAGCUGGGAGCGUACUCUAUGCUGGGGUUCGUGCUGAUGACUGUUCACUUAGUCUAACCACUACUCAUCCAUUCUACUCUCAAAACAUGCUAUUCCAACAGCUUUUCAUAUUCGAGGAACAGACCGCAAGCUCUGGUGACAUAUCCCUUAUCUCAUCAAACCCGAGUGGUGUGUGCUUGUGCAUUGCCGGGAAACCUCCAUGCAAUCAAACCACAACAAGCCUCUCCAUCUUCCCCGGCCAGACCAUCACACUUUGUCUCAUCAGUGUGGACAGAAGGCUCAACCCCUCCCCAGGAAUUGUGCUCGCUCAUCUAACCGACCCAAACAGUGUGGCCGAAACUAACCAAAACUUUGCCGAGAACACAAAUAUUUCGUUCCAACUCGGGGCAGGACAACAGACCCGCUACACAGCUAUUGGAUGCACUGAUCUAAGGUACACUAUUUUCUCAACACAAAGAAACUUAACACUUCAUUUGAAAACUAGCAGUACUAUUGUGGCCGAAAAAUCAACUCUUGUGUCCAUCAGGGUAGACAAUUGUCCUCUAGGUUUUAACUUCUCGAACGACAACACAUACCGUUGUAUUUGUGCGCCUUAUCUCGCUUCAAUAGAUGCCACUUGUAAUAUUGAGACCCUGACCGUCACUCUUGACCAUCCAUAUUGGGUAGGAAAAGACGAAAACGUGGUUAAAAUUAACCGUUUUUGUCCACUAGACUAUUGCAUUCCUGGACAUGUGGAGGUAUCACUUGAUGAGCAAGAUUUAAAUAAGCAGUGUGCUUAUAAUCGCUCAGGUGUGUUGUGUGGGGAGUGUGCCCCUGGAUACAGCGUGAUCUUUGGUGGUAAUGAGUGUUGGGAGUGCUCCAAUUUCUACCUAUUUUUGAUCAUUGUAUAUGCAGCUGCUGGUCUAUUGCUCGUGUUUAUGCUCUAUUUCCUCAACACACUGACUGUCAGCGUAGGUGCUAUUAAUGGGCUCAUCUUCUAUGCAAACAUUAUACAAGUCAACAGAGCGAUAUUCAUUCCACCAAUUCGUACGAGUGCAUUAUCAGUAGUGAUAUCUUGGAUAAACCUCGACCUCGGUAUCCCUGUAUGCUUCUAUGAUGGACUGGAUGCGUACGUAAAGACCUGGUUGCAAUUUGUCUUCCCUCUUUAUUUGCUAGCCAUUUUAGCUUGCAUUGUCGUAGUUUCUCACUACUCACCUUCUGCUUCAAAGAUAUUCACUAACCGGGCCGUUGGAGUUUUCACAACGAUAUUAUUGCUUAUCUUUUCAAGAAUUCAAAGGCUUACAACUAACUGCCUUACUUUUCAAAACAUAGAACAUUUCAUUGAUGGUGGCGAUUCUUUCCUUUCCUAUGUGUGGUCAUUUGAUGGUAACAUUGGAUAUGUUGAAGGUAGACACAUACUUCUUUUCAUCGUCGGAUGGAUUCUUUUUCUGUUUGUCCUACUGCCGUUCAUUUUUGUACUUCUCUUUGCUAAACAGUUUCAGGCCUUGUCGUCAUACAAGUAUUUUCGCUGGGUCAACAAGCUCAAGCCUUUGUUUGAUGCGUACAUGGGACCAUAUAAGGAUUCGUAUCGAGGAUGGACUGGUCUGUUGCUAUUCAUUAGACAAGUUCUGAUCAUCGUCAAUUUUUGCGAUCCCACACCAGAAGCAAACACUUUGGCUAUUAUUAUUAUCUGUCAGUUGCUCUCCAUGGUGACCUGGUUUGAUGGUGGCGUAUAUCGAAAGUGGCCACUUAAUAUUAUUGAGUUUUCGUAUCUCCUAAACCUGUCUGUCACCGCUGCGGCAACGUGGUACAUACAUCCAUUGGAUGCAACUGAACCUGAGAAAUUUGUGCAGCAACAAUCUGCAGUGAUCUAUACAUCUGUGAUAAUCGCUAUACUGGAGUUUAUGGGCAUAUUUUUCUAUGCAUUGUAUAUCAGAAUUACAGAGAUGAGCUUCAAACAAUCCUAUUUGGUCAAGUUUCAGCAAUUUGUAAUAGCCAUUGGCAAACUGCCCAAACAGCUACAACUCAAGUUAUCACGAAAGAAGCCCGAGAAAAAGAGGAUGAUAAAUCUGCAAGAGCCAACUGCAGUUGGUGCUACUAGUACAGUGGUUGAUGUACAGGGGGCUGCAAGAUGGAGGAAUAGGAGCUCCUUUGGGGAACAGAGUGACAUAAACUUGAGAGAAUCAUUACUGGACACUUCCUCCAUUUGAUUAGUGUGUGUGUGUGUGUGGUGUGGUGGUACAUUAGCGAAUGAACAUUCAGUUUUACAUGUCUGCCUUUGCUUUUGUCAUUAUCUUUUGUCUCUAACUCAUUUUCAAUUAAUGUUUUAUACGCCAACAUAAUUAUUUGACCCACUUUA